UGUGUGUGUGACUGUGUGUGUGUGUGUGUGUGUGUGUGUGUGUGUAUGUGGCGCGCGACCUCCGCCUUUUUAUUUCAUCCGCUCUGUUAUUCAUCACCUGUUUCAUCAGAGAGCAACUUCUCCUGCUCCAACUUUCCAACACGCCGAUGGCAAGGACAAGCGGCUCGAGGGCCAUUUAACUGUGUGUGUGUGUGUGUGUAUGUGUGUGUGUGUGUGUGCGCGCGCGCGCUUAGAGAGCGUUUGGACAUCACUGUUGCAUCCGCUUGGACUUUAUGAAAGACUCAACUUGAUCAAAAUAAUUAACAAACAUUAGUUAUUAUUAUUUCUUUAUUAUUAUUUUUUUUAAUGCGCCGUGGGGAAAAAAAAACCUGCAGCCUGAUGUCACUUCUAUCAGGGGGAAAUUUCUGCAGCUUGUAGCUUCCACUCAUCCGUGACGCCUCACACACACACACACACACACACACACACACACACACACACACACACACACACACACUCUCCCUGCCUCCUUCCUCGCCAUGGCCGGAUGUACCAGCCGCUGCAGACAGGGGGUUGUGAAGCUCUUCCAGUCCUUCCACAGACUCGUCUCAGGGACACUAGCGAAAGAUAAAGUGGAUGAUGAGCUGGAGAUGACGAUGGUGUGUCAUCGGCCUGAAGGACUCGAUCAGCUGGAGGCGCAAACAAAUUUCACUAAGCAGGAGCUGCAAGUCCUCUACCGUGGCUUUAAAAACGAGUGUCCGAGUGGAGUAGUGAACGAGGAGACGUUUAAGCACAUCUACGCUCAGUUCUUCCCUCAUGGAGAUGCCACCACGUAUGCGCACUACCUGUUUAAUGCGUUUGACACUACGAAUAAUGGCUCCAUAAAGUUUGAGGAGUUUGUGAUGGGUCUGUCCACUCUCCUGAGGGGAUCCGUCCAGGAGAAACUGGAGUGGACUUUUCAUCUGUAUGAUAUCAAUCGAGAUGGAUUCAUCAGCAAAGAAGAGAUGACGGAGAUUGUGCAGGCCAUCUAUGAUAUGAUGGGGAAGUACACGUAUCCUGCUCUGAAAGGAGACGUGCCCAAGCAGCAUGUGGAUGCUUUCUUCCAGAAAAUGGACAAGAACAAAGAUGGGGUUGUGACAUUGGAAGAGUUUAUCCUAGCAUGCCAAGAAGAUGAAACCAUGAUGAGAUCCAUGCAGCUCUUCGAAAACGUGAUGUAAAAAAAUACAAGCACAGAGACAGCGAGAGAGAGUGUGUAUGUGUGAAAGAGAAAGUCACUGAGAUGGAGGAAAAUAAAAUAUUUAAAUAUAUGCACAUGCUUUCUGAAAUGUUUUCAUGUGAGCAUAGCUUAUGUGUAUGGAUCAACACUCUCGCUCUCAAUGCAAACUAAUUAGCUGCAAGCUAACACUAUCACAGCAAGCAGCCUAUUAAGAUUAUGUACUGUAUCAAACACUGAAUGAAGGCUGAUGAUCAGACGGACACCAUGAACUCCCUCCUUCCCUGAGAAAGAGGAGGAUCGCGAGCAUACAAAGUGGGCACUUCAGACUUAGUGGAAAGUUUCUUUCUUAAAUGCUCAGAUGUCUCCUAGUGCUGCUUCUCACUUUAUAAACUCUGCAAACUGCUACAAAACUACAACAAAUGUGAACUUGUGAAGGCCUCGUUCAGGCUUUUGGAGCUACGACUCAAGGACUCCAUCUACCUGAGAAGGAUCUGAACUGCAUCUAAAACACAGUGACUUACUGUAUGCCGAGAUUUUUGCAUGUUUUAACCUUCAGUUACUUGAAUGUUGGCUGAUGUAAAUUAAUAUACAAGCCUGAUAUGUUGAUUUAUGCAUUAAAUGGUUAAAUGUUUUAUUUAUUACAGUUGGAAACUGUAGAAAAUGUUUGGAUGUCUUGCUUUGUGGUGUAUUUAUAGUAUUGCUUAUGUUUAAUCCCGUUUGUCUUCAGUUUGUCCUGUUAUGUGUCUGUCUUCACACUGACCACAUACCAUUCAUGAUAAAUUUCUCUCUCUCUCUCCCUCUCUCUCUCUCUCCAUGUGUGUGUGUCUGUCUGUCUGUCUGUCUGUCUGUUUUUACACUGACCACAUACCAUUCAUGAUAAAUUUCUCCCUCUCUCUCUCCAUGUGUGUGUGUGUAUGUGUGUGUGUGUGUGUGUGUGUGUGUCUGUCUGUCUGUCUGUUUUUACACUGACCACAUACCAUUCAUGAUAAAUUUCUCCCUCUCUCUCUCUCCAUGUGUGUGUGUGUAUGUGUGUGUCUGUCUGUCUGUCCUUACACUGACUACAUACCAUUCAUGAUAAAUUUCUCUCUCUCUCUCUUUCUCUGUCUGUCUCUCUCUCCUUCUGUGUGUGUGUGUUUGUCUGUCCUCACACUGACCAUGUACCAUUCAUGAUAAAUCUCUCUCUCUCUCUCUUUCGUGUGUGUGUGUGUAGAAGAUGAAGUGUUAUGAUUGCCCUGCCCAAUUUCACCUAGUGACAAUCCAGCUCAGUAUUUUUUCAUUCAUUUUCUUAAUCUACAAAGAAAAUAUGCAUCCUAAAUUAUUUAAUUUAUAUUCUUACUCAUAAAUCGUAACCGAAAGGAAAAUAGCCACACAA